GACUGUUGUAAACAGCCUCAUUUUGGCACGUGCCCUCCUCGAGUCUGCCUGGCAACAGCUAUGCACCAAUCCCAGACUGACUGGUGUCCUUUCAGGAAGGAACGCCCAUCCUGCCUAGAUACAAGCCGCUCCCUUUCUUGCUUGCUUGACCCUCACCUCCAGCUCUCCCUCAAUCAAGAAGUGCUUCAAUAAAGUGUGAUCAGAGAAGGAUCCUCGUGUCAGUGGUCUUCUUCCCCUGAGGGUCAGGGGCGCGCCACAGCUGGUGCGGAAACCCGGGAACUGCUUUCAGCGGACACUAGUGAGGGGCCGAAGAGGAUCCAGAACUCUACACACGAAGCGGCGACGUCGGACCGUACGGAUCCAAUUUGGGUUCCGGAGAUGCUGAUUCGAAAAAUCGACAAUCAAGAGGAGAAGGAUGUCAGCACUGACGAUAUUCUGGAGGAAAAGGAUGAUGCUGUGGUUACUAAUCCAUCUGACCCAUGCCAAUGAAGAAUAUUUUUGGUCAUUUACCCGAACAUGGCCAAUACCUGUGCCUGUACAUAAUGUAUCCUCAACCUUCCCUCAGUUCUAUUCUACCCUUUGCCAUUUUGGGGUCCCCUGCAAAGCGAAAGACAAAGUUAAUAAGGAACAACAGGCAUUUAAUCAAUCUCGAGUGCCCCUGCAAGGAACGCUCUGUUUUUCUAAAGAUACCAAUGCGUCCCCUUGUGUCCUUGUGCAAAGACAGGUGCUGUCAGCAUUUGAAGACCCAUUAAGAUCCUUGACCCUAGAUUUAGAGGUAAAGAUGUUGCAUGAAGCAUUGUCUCAAAUAGCAUCAGGCGCUUUGAGUGGCUCAGGUACCGGAACUAAUGGCAGCCCGGUGAUUAAUGUCACUACAUAUUGGAUGAAUAUGACUUUUAUUGCCCCAAAAAUUAGUAGGCAUAAUAGCUAUGGGUCAUACAACGGAUCUAAGCCCACACAUCUUUGUCCCAAUGUGUUUUCUGAAUAUCCGCCUGAAUUUCUUGAUUGUAGAGGAAAAUAUGAUAAAAUAGUUCCCAUCUCAUCGGGACUUUGGUUUACGCCAGAUUUGAUGAGGUAUCAAUAUAAGAAUAAUUCCACAAAAACGGGUUGGCCCUUAUCAUCCUGGAUCCUCAUUAAUUCCAAGGGUGCUGCUUGUGACCUCUCGCCAUUAGUUAAUCUAGAGGAUAGUAAAGUGGAACUUUACAAUGUAACUGGAAGCCUGAACACCACCAACAAGAAGCUUACAGUAUCAUGGGCACAUAAACAACAUAGUAUUUCCUAUCCCAGAGGCAGGGUAUGUGUAGAUCCACCAUUUUUGUUUUUGCUUUUUAAUUAUUCUCAGGACUUGGUUGAUUGUGAGAACCAGACUUGUGUCAUCAGUCAAUGCUGGGGUGCUGAAUAUUAUAACUCAGCAUUGGUUAUGCGUCUGCCAAUUUUUGUACCUAUUCCUGUAAAGGCAGACCCAAACAAUUUUCCUAUAGCCACUCUGUUCAGACAAAAAAGGGACUUUGGUAUUACAGCAGCCAUAGUUACGGCUAUAGCCGUCUCUGCAGCCGCUGCGGUUACUGCCGGAGUAGCUAUGGCAAAUCAAGUACAGACCGUUCAACAAGUUAAUGAGGUGAUACAAAAAACUUCUAGUGCUCUUUAUGUUCAAGAGAAGGUAAAUACUCACUUGGCUUCAGGAAUACUUAUGCUCAAUAAGAGCAUAGACUUAUUGGAAGGGAACAUACAAGAUCUUUUUGAUAUUAUGACAGUGAGUUGUGUGGAUAGAACCCCGCACAUUUGCAUUACACCCUAUCCUGCUUCCAUUAAUGAGUCUAGACAACUAUCUCGCAUUUUGAGUGGAAAUUGGUCUAUAGAGUUUGAGCAGCUUCAAGCUAAUUUUACCUAUCACAUUCAAAUGCUUAAUGAUUCUAAGGUAGAAUUAGUCACCUUGGGACAAUUUUCAGAUUGGAUGGUGAAGACAUUUUCCUAUUUUAAGGAAUGGAUCGGAGUCGGUAUGUUCGGCAUGUUUUGCCUGGCAGGCAUGGCUUUAGUCCUGUUCCUGAUCUGUAGGAUGCGAUUCGUCAGAAAAAGGGAAAAGGUUGCCAUUGCUCGAGCCUUGACAGCCCUGGAGGCCGGCCAAUCUCCCCAAGCUUGGAUCAGUAUUUUUCAAGAUCUCUAGUCUAGUGCCCAUGCACCCGGAGGCCUUGUUGCCAUUGUACCCAGUGGGACUAGAUGGCCGAUGAAGUCUAGUGCCUAUGCACCCGGAGGCCUUGUUGCCAUAGCACCCGGUAGGGCUAGAUGGCUGUUGAAGCAGUCGGUCAGAGACUAUUCCGGAUAGUUUGCACCUGAGAGUGCACUGAGCCGAUCCACUCAGGGGAACAAGAUGUCGAGCAUAUAGGUUGCCCUCGUAAUCGCCCUAUCCCUGGAAAAAGAGCGGCGCACUCGACAGGGCGGCGUCCUCUGUUCCCAGCUAUGACCGAUGAUGCGUCAAUAAAAUAAAAGGGGGAAGUGUGGGAACACACACAAUUCGCCAUUACAAGAUGGCGCUGAAGACUGUUGUAAACAGCCUCAUUUUGGCACGUGCCCUCCUCGAGUCUGCCUGGCAACAGCUAUGCACCAAUCCCAGACUGACUGGUGUCCUUUCAGGAAGGAACGCCCAUCCUGCCUAGAUAUAAGCCGCUCCCUUCCUUGCUUGCGUGCCCCUCAUCUCCAGCUCUCCCUCAACCAAGAAGUGUUUCAAUAAAGUGUGAU